AAGUACCUAUAGUUAUCUCGCUCUUUCAGCCCUCUUUUAAGACGACGCGCGAUUGUAAUUUGUUAAUAUUAUUUAGUUUUUAGUUCUGUGAUUUUGAUUAUGUCUACGUUUCUGGACAUGCUAUCGGGGAGCCAGUGCGUCAGUCUGGAAAAGUGCGGCGAUGUGGUGGUCUCGACCAACGACUGUAUGAUUGCACUUUACUGUCACUUCUGCCGGGACCUUUUCACACAACUGCCGGAGUUCUUGAGACACCUCCAGGGCGCCCAUUCGGAUGUGCUUCACUUCACCAAGGAGCACAAUGUGUACAGCGUGGAGGAGCUUAUGUCUGGUGAACAGGAGGAAGCCCAGGAGGAUGCCCAGUCGGUGGGGCACAACAGCAGCAGCGGUGACUCCAGAGGACUGGCGAAAUCAGAGGAUUCCAGAGCAACCGAGGCGACCGAGGAUAAUUCGGACAACAGCCCAGUUAAAUCUGAACAAAAAGGCAGUCAGAGUGAAAUAAACCUUCUGGCAGAAGUGACAAACAUUUUAUUGCAAACCAAAGAGAAGGAACAUAUUAAUAAUGAACUAAAACCCGAAAAUGGCGGAUUCAAAGGACCCCGCAAGAAGGCUAAUAGCGAGAGCAAUUCUCUAAGGAUAUGCAAUCUCAAGAGUCACACUAUUGCAAGGACUUCGAGAAAGCGAAUGAGCAUUAUAAAGAACCGCAUCCUACGAGUUAUUGACAGUGAUUUGUCUGCAAAACAUGAAAUGAAACCUAGUGAGCCCAACUCCAAACUCCUUAUAACUGAGCCCAUCCAAGAAGCUGGAAUAUGUUUUGAAACUCCGCCUAAGCCCAUACCGAGCUCAUCUAAUUUAAGUGUGCGAAAGUCUUCAUUAACAGAGGCAAACGUCUCACUGGCACACACCAACUAUGCCGCAAAGAAAACAACGCCUAAACUGCCUAAGCUACUAAACUGUGCACCAAAGCCCAUUUUACCUAGUCAGCAAGCUCAGGUUCAUUCCGGUUCAAGUGGAAUACAUGAAAUUUAUCAUAUCUCCAAAGCAGCUAGUCAAGUACCAAAAGAAAUGAAAUCAUUCCCUAUAGAAAUAACCCAAAUAGAUGUUUUUCCACCACCUAAUAUAUUGCCUGAAACUUCAACUACUUCCGACAAAGAGGAGGAUGUCAAUGCCCCAGUGGAGAAUAACAACGCCCAAAAUCUGCCAAAAGAUAAACCUAAAAAGUUUUUCAAAAAGCGUGGCGAAUUAUGGAUGAAAAAUGAAGGCAAAAUAACAAAGUCAAAAGUAAACCCUAUUAUUGUAAAACGGGUGCAGACCUCCAAUGUCAAAUCUAGUCCAGGCAAAACUCAAAUACGAUCUAGUGACAAAACUAAAUGUUUUGCUUCUGAGUUCAACAGCACAAAGAAUCGCAAGUUAAAGAUGGAAAAUUUCAUCGCCCUAAAAAAGGAGGACCCCUGCUCUAUCAGAAGUAUUCGUUUAAACAAAAUGGCAACAAUUGGCAACUGCGAAAUAUUAAAAGUCGUUGGAUUGCCGGCAAUCACAGAUAACCAGAUCGAGGAUACAUUAUUGCAAGACGAGUUAGAAACGAUGCGAAAAAAGGCAGAUCAAUUUAGCAAAAUCUACAGGAAGUAUGAUUCUAUAUGGAAUUAUAGGAAAAUUUUUCCGCCAGGGAAACCGGAACAUAUUUCUCAGAAAAUGUUCGCUUUAACUAGAGAAGUAAACCAGACAAUGGGAUGCAACCUGCCUAACAGCGCUAUAAAAAGCAUCAUUAAUCAGAUUUCUGUUUGGCAUUACAAUAUAUAUACAAAAUAUAUUGUAUUGGAUACCAUUUCGGAAACAGCCCGAUAUACUUUAAAUCUAUUCUCGUUUUUACCUGUUAGUUUUGCCUACUUCUGCAAAUGUUGCGACGAUAUUUUCACCUUAAACGAAGACUACAUAAGGCAUUUGGUGUCUCAACAAGCUCGGUAUCAGUGCACAAAAUGCAUUAAAACAUUUAAGUACCAGGGACACUAUGAUAAGCAUAUGCGAACCGUUCAUCCUUGAGCAACUAUGUGCCAUUAACGAUUCGUUAUAAUUGAAUUUUUCAAACACUACAUAAAGUUAUGUAUUUGUAAAAGAGGAUUCCAGAAAAUGUUAAAAACCAAUUUUUGUAAAAAACAUUACAACUUCAUUUCGAUUAACAUUUUCUAAUAAAUCACCACGUUUUGUAAACUAAA